CCCAGCUCCAGCCCCGCUCGUGGUUCCCUCAGCCCCCGCAGCACCAUGAAGGUCCCCGCAGCCACCCUGGCUGCUCUGCUCCUCGUGGCCAUCUGCUCCCCAGCUGAGGCCCAUCUUGGUGACUCUGGCAUUGCUCCGUCCACCCAGAAGCCAGUCAUCGUCUCCACCAGCUGCUGCUUCAGCUACCUGCACCGCCCCAUCCCACGCAGAUCGAUCACCUCUGCCUACAGGACCAGCAGCAUGUGUGCCCAGCCAGCGGUGGUCCUGGUCACCACGAAGGGGAAGAAGCUGUGUGCAGACCCUCAGGUGCCCUGGGUGCAGAAGCAUCUGAAGCACUUCCAGAUACUGGAGUACUGACCCUUCCCCACU